AUUGCAAAAUAAAAUUACCAAUUUACCUGUGACGGAAGCAGUAGGUGUAUAAAUCAAGUUGCCAAACAGCAUUAAAACAAGUAGAAAACAAAAACAGAGAAAUCUAAAAACGGAGAUUGAGGAAGAUGGACAGGACACGGAGAAAGAGGAAAAUAAAGCAAAUUGAAAGGGAAAUAAAGCAAAUGGAAAAGAAACAUGCUAAAGAUAUUCUGGAAAUGGAGCUGGAAGGUGUUGAAGAUGAACUGGAGGAGAACGAGGAAGUUCUACAUUCGCCUGCAAGAUUGGGAUGGAGAAGUUCCAGCUCUGAUGAUAAUGACUUCAAAGGACUUUUAUCAAUCAUCCAGACUGAAGAUGUGGAGCAAAGGAAACAAGGAUUCGGAAAGCUGAUUCAGAAGUUCAGUGACAUGGUUGAAAUUUCUAGAAUCGACUUCGAUGACAUUCUCAAAUCAUUGAUGAUAUCAUUAGACAGCGAAGGUUUGAUGGUCCUUCAAAGAAUUCUAAUGUUGGCCUCUCAACCUCAACUUACAGAGGCACAAGUAAGUCAAUUAAUGCCUAAAUUAGACCUUAUCUUGAUGGAGGGAAAGAUAAAUGAAACAGAUCAAAUGCUUGACUGUUUGAGCAUUAUCGUACAUUCUAAUUUCAAUUUACUUGGCCAUUAUAAACUGCUUGUGCCAAAAUCCGUGGCAUAUUGCUGGAGAGAAAUGCAACUAUAUGAUGACAUGGUUGAAUGGCUGGAGAAAAUCAUUAAAAAAGAUCAUUGUGAUGCUGACGAUAAGAGAACUUUGUCAGUUCUUAAACAUCAGAGCAGUUUGCUUUUCCAUCUGGUCAUUUUGGGGAUUUUUGAGAAUUGUUCAGCCAUGGAUCAGGUGAUUUUGGACGAACUGAAAAACUUAAAUAGAGAAGAAUUUGCAAAAGAAUGGCAAAAGUUGGAGGUUGCUGGCUAUAAAGCCUUGAAAUAUUCUCGAGUACAAACAAAGCACCAGUGAUUUUCACCGUGUUGAGUCCACGUAACAUACGAUUCAAUUCAACUGCUAAAUCCUGCCAAACGCCAGUUGGAGCUGUUAGACAAGCAAUUUCUGAGAUGAUUUUUCCACUUCCUUGGUGAAAUUGGCAAAAGGAGAGGCUGGCUAUUAGUGUAUACGUGACAACAUGUUGCA